AGUGAUGGCUCAAUAGUUGGCCUUCUUGUCUUUAAAGGCUCCCCAAACCCGCUACUGAUCACUUCAUUCCCUCAGCAGGAGGUUGGAGACGAAGAUUUCACGGUUGUGGUAUCGCGCUUGAGUUGCUCCAUGAGGGGAUCGGGGUUUAUCCUUUUGCUCUUCGCCCUCGUGUUGGUGUCUUCCUGUGCAGUGGCUUUCGAUCCGUUGGACCCGACCGGGAACAUUACCAUCAAAUGGGAUGUGAUUUCAUGGACUCCUGACGGUUACGUGGCGAUGGUGAUGCUGAACAACUUCCAAAUGUACCGGCACAUCAUGAGCCCGGGGUGGACGUUGGGGUGGACGUGGGCGAAGAAAGAGGUCAUCUGGUCCAUGGUGGGUGCUCAGACCACAGACCAAGGAGACUGCACCAAGUUCAAGGGAAAUAUCCCUCACUGCUGCAAGAGAACUCCGACCGUGGUGGACCUGCUCCCAGGGGUCCCUUACAACCAGCAGAUUGCUAACUGCUGCAAGGGAGGAGUGGUCGCGUCCUACGGCCAGGACCCUGCCGCCGCAGUUUCAGCAUUCCAGGUCAGUGUUGGACUCUCCGGCACAUCUAACAAGACUGUCAAGCUGCCCAAGAACUUCACCUUGCUCGGGCCAGGACCUGGCUACACCUGCGGACCAGCCAAGAUUGUGCCUUCGACCGUAUUUUGGACUCCUGAUAAGCGUCGCAAAACUCAAGCACUCAUGACAUGGAAGGUUACCUGCACCUACUCACAGAUUCUGGCAUCGAAGCACCCAUCAUGUUGCGUCUCCUUCUCCUCUUUCUACAACGACACCAUCAUUCCUUGCCAGUCCUGUGCUUGCGGCUGCGAGAACAAAAACUGCAUCGAGAGUGACUCCAAUCAAAUAACCAUGCCGGGGAUCAACACGCCCAGCAAGGAUAACUCACCUUUGCUGCAAUGCACGCACCACAUGUGCCCUGUCCGUGUCCACUGGCACGUAAAGAUCAACUACAAGGAAUACUGGCGUGCCAAGAUUGCCAUCUCCAACUUCAAUUACCGCAUGAACUACACCCAGUGGACGCUUGUGGUUCAACACCCCAACCUUGACAAUGUCACUGAGGUCUUCAGCUUCGAGUACAAGCCCCUCGUGCCAUACCCAUCCAUCAAUGACACCGGCAUGUUCUAUGGCAUGAAGUACUACAAUGACCUGCUCAUGGAGGCUGGAACUUACGGCAAUGUUCAAUCUGAGCUGCUCCUGAAAAAGGACGUGAAUACCUUCACAUUCAAGCAAGGAUGGGCAUUCCCCCGAAAAGUUUAUUUCAAUGGCGAUGAGUGCAUGCUUCCACCGCCAGAUGUUUAUCCCCACUUGCCGAACUCUUCCCCUGUGAGCUCUAGAUUUGGCUUUCACAACUUCGCAACAGUGUUGUUUCCGCUGCUCUUGUUGACAAUUUGGUAGACUAGGCAAUUGUGAUUUGAGCAGUGUAAAUAGGCUGCAUCUCCCACUGGGAUGCCCAAAAUUUCCAAAUUUUUUUCCCUCUGUUGGCCUUAUUUGUUGAAAGCGCAGAAAUGAAAGAAGUCACAGAUUCUUCAGUUGCCA